AUGUUAAAAGCGUUAAUAUUGUACGAUGUCCUGUACAUUAUCUAUCUAACAGGAUGUGUUAUUGGAUUGGACGCAGAGGUUGUUGUCCUGCGAGCCGUUCGCGGUAGAGAUGCGCGGCUUCCUUGCGGCCAAGGAAAGGUGUUCUUAGAUGGACCAGACUCAUAUGUGCUGUGGCUUAAAAAUGACAGAGAUUUCCUGUACAGAUUUCCGAAUGAAGAAACAGAACGGCGAGUCGUCAACAGGGAUAGGUUAUUUGGAACUUCGUGUGAAGAAGGCACAUGUUAUGACGAUACCUCUCUUGUAUUAAAGCGAGUAAGUGAACAAGACGGUGGGAUUUAUCGGUGUAGAGUACACUACCAAGCGUCUCCAUCUCUAGACUACGUGAUCGACGUUAGGUUAGUCGAUUCUCCAGGCAUUCCUAGAAUUUUUAAUGAAGGAGGUGAAGAAAUAAAAAGAGGCUACGUAGGUCCACUCAGUUUGGGUUCGAAUAUGACUUUGAUUUGCGAAGUUGAUGAUGAUCAACCCGAUACACUUGUGUACUGGCGUCGUAACGGUAUACUGAUCGAGCGGGCGCACACGGUCCGAACUGGAGUGUUGCGUGCUGCCGUUCGUGUGCGCAACGCAACGCGAGACGAACUCGAUGCGCACUAUGAAUGUUUGGCACAAAACGCUGAUGUCACCGAACCUUUGAGUGCCAGCGUCGUGGUUAAAAUGUAUCUUCCGCCACUUAGCGUUGAAAUACGUCUCAACAACAAUUUCGACUUCGAAGCCGGUCAUCCCAGAGUGGUAGACUGCGUGAUUAUCGGAUGCGUACCACCACCCGCAAUUACGUGGCACCUUGGCGAACAAUUACUACGGCCUAAUGUGCACAAAGAACUUCAUGACGGCAACUAUACGGUAUCUUCCCUGACAUUAGCGCCUUCUUUGCGUGACUCCAAACAUGAUUUAGUUUGUCGAGCUCACAAUUCACAUUUACCAACCUCUGUGUUCGAAGACAAAGUUACUUUAAACGUUGGGUAUCGUCCUCUCUGUCUAAAUAAUCGAGAAGAGACCGUUGGAGCGCUGGUUCAGGACGCAGAGACAGUUAGCUGUGUAGUGGAAGCAUCGCCUGAGCCGCUACAGUUUAGCUGGACCUUUGCUGAUUCCCGAGUAUUAUACACCAGUGUUAAGAAGGUAUCAGGGCAUCACAAUAGGUAUUCAUCAACACUAACAUGGCUCCCAAGAGAAACAGAUAUAGGCCUUCUUUUAUGCCGAGCGACAAAUUCAUUUGGAGAGCAAAAACGACCAUGCUCAUACAGCAUAGUACCUGGUGGUCCACCGCACGCCCCUGAAUGUGUCGUAUUGAGAUCUUACCCCCAUUCUGUACGAGUACAAUGUCAGAAAGGUUGGGAUGGCGGCAGACAACAAACCAUUCAUUUGGAGCUCCUCGGUAUGGACGGUACGGUCUUCCACAACCUAUCUAAUGCAGCUGGGCAUUUCCUUUUACCAGACAUUGAAGAUGACAGAAACUUGACAGCACUUGUGUAUGCCAGUAGUCCAAGAGGAAGGAGUAAAACAAGAACUGUGCAUUUACAAACAAUAACUCCUCUAAGUCCCUCAGCUGUGGCAGAAACAGUUCCUCUUUAUUCCUGGACGCGAUGGAUGGAAGUGACCGCAGGGGCGAUAGCCGUCACCGCAGCCAUUGCAGCAUCAAUUAUCUGUAUUAAACUAAUGAAGACCAAACGAGAGAACAUGGAAAUGAAUCCAGAUUUAGUUUCCAGGACCGAUGGUUCAUUCCAUCGAGAGCCAGACUUUGCACGUGAAGAGCGGGUGCUGGGAACAACUAAUAUAACCGUUAACCAGUUAGCUUCUUGUCAGAACCAAUAUUCUGCUUCACCAGUGCCUGCUUGUCGCGUGCUGGUUGGAUGCGCUGCUCAAGACUCAUGUCCAGCAUCACAGCAUUCUUACUAUGUCUAA